AUGAACAACGGCGAGCCAAAACGGGCCAAGAUGAGCCCGGUCUGCAUUUUGGGCAUCGAAUCUUCAGCGAAUAAAAUUGGAGUCGGGAUCGUUCGGGACGGCGAAGUGCUUUCAAAUCCACGCGCAACAUACAUUCCCCCUCCUGGAGAAGGUUUCAUCCCAAUCGAAGCGGCCAAACAUCAUCGAAAUAAUGCUCAACGACUUAUCGAUCUCGCUAUUAGCGAUGCUAAAAUCGAGAACCCGGAAAAUGACAUUGACGCUAUCGCCUACACGCGCGGGCCCGGAAUGGGGCAUUGUCUUGAGGUUGGAGCCAAGGCAGCCCAAGCGCUAGCAGAAAAACUUGGAAAACCGCUGAUACCCGUCAACCAUUGCAUCGCACAUAUUGAAAUGGGCCGACUAGUAACUAAAGCUGCGAAUCCUACAGUGCUAUACGUUUCGGGCGGAAAUACCCAAGUGAUCUCCUAUUCUAACCAGAAGUAUCGAAUCUUUGGUGAAACCCUGGAUAUUGCCGUCGGGAAUUGCCUGGACAGAUUCGCGCGGAUUAUCGACUUAUCCAAUGACCCGGCUCCUGGAUAUAACAUAGAACAAUUCGCGAAGAAAGGCGAAAAAUUCUUUGAACUUCCUUAUGUGGUAAAAGGCAUGGAUGUCUCUUUGUCUGGGAUUCUAUCGACGAUGGAGGCUAAAGCCAAGGCUUUGAUAAAGAAGGGCGAAUACAGCAAGGGAGAUCUCUGUUUUUCGCUUCAGGAAACGUUAUUCGCGAUGUUGGUGGAGGUUACCGAAAGAGCGAUGGCGUUGAAUAAGAGCGCUGAACUUUUGAUUGUUGGCGGCGUUGGAUGUAAUUUACGACUUCAGGAAAUGGCCGCUGAUAUGUGCAAAGAACGUGGGGCCACGCUAUUCGCCACCGAUGAUCGCUACUGCAUUGACAACGGCGCCAUGAUCGCCCACACCGCCUGGGAGAUGUACCACGUCGGCAUGGACGCCAGCGACUGUUCGGUCACCCAACGCUUCCGCACCGAUGACGUUGAUGUACUGUGGAGAGAGGAC